AACACUAUUGCUUUAUAUCAUGGUAUAUUCGCUACAGCAAAAUGUUUUGCGACAAUGUUCCACAUUUUGGACAAACACCACUAUCUAACAAACGUUUUAGAAAAGCUUCUUAUAAAAGAGAAAGUCAAGGAACAUAUGGACUUUGAUUAAUCGUUUGAUACACCAAGUGAAAACAUGGAGACUCGAUCAUCUGCGAGAAGAAAGCGCUUAAACGAAAUGGGAGGAAAUGGAGACUUUACACCGGAAACGUCUGAGAAAAAUACCUCAGUUCCGCAUUUGACAUCCACCAGUGACAUAGCGAUCGGAAAAUGGAGAUUCAACAAAGUCAUACUCAGUACCCAUUUUAACAUAUUUUUAUAUGCGACAUGCUUUUGGAUCCAAAUAGGCACUUUGCCUUACUUGACAAAGAAACUGGGAGUGGAUCCGGUGUUUUUUGGAUACCUUCAGACUACCUUUGCCGUUGUACAGCUAUGUGGUGGCCCUGUGUAUGGAAGGUUUGGAGAUAUGUUUGGGGGAAGAGCAGCCAUGGCUCUUGCCUUUGCUUGUGCAUCAGUGUCAUAUUUUGUCCUUGGAAUUGCUGACACUUUUUUCUGGCUCUUCCUUUCAAGACUGCCAUCAGUCUUCAUGCAUGCCAUGCAAGGUGGGCAGAUGAUUGUGACAGACCUGGGGGAGGAGGGGCAAAGAGCAGAUGCCCUGGGCAAGCUGGGCCUGUCCUAUGGAGUGGGCAUGGUUAUUGGGCCCUUCUUGGGAGGAUUAGUCACAAAGUUCUUCAGUGAACAGACAGCUGCCUUCGUGGCGUGUAUAGGAUCCGUCCUCAGUAUUGGUGUUGUGUGGGUGUUUGUUCCACAGAGGACAAAGAAGUCUCAGGGAAAAGAGAGCUCAGGGUCAGCAGUGUUUAGUUUGAAGAAAAUCCUGGCCCUGGUGACAGCCCCAGGGGCUGGUUUCUUACUCUUUAUCAGAAUGUUGGCAGGAUUACCAAUUGGAGUGUUCCAAAGCAUGUUCUCAGUGUUUGCCAUGGAAACCUUCAAACUACCAGCUGAACAAAAUGGAUAUUUAUUGUCAUAUGUUGGGGUUUUAACUAUGAUUGUACAAGGACUGGGUGUAGGAAUUCUAACCAAGAAGUUCUCAGAAAAUGACAUUUUGAAAUGGUCCUCAUUCCUUUUAGUUUGGUCUUAUUUAGCACUGGCCUUCGUGACAGACGUUUUCCAGCUUUGUGUAGUUAUGGCCCCUCUGGUGGUCGGGCUGGCCUCGUCCAACAUCGUAGUCAGUAGCGCCCUCACUAAGACAGUGUCAGACCAAGAUACAGGUGCAAUGCUUGGUCUGAACAUGGCAGUGAACUCACUCAUCCGUACCAUAUCACCAACAGUAGGCGGCUUUCUGCUCAAGUCCUAUGGAUUCCAGUCUUUCGGUUAUUUAGGAUUUGUAAUGCUUGGAAUUUCAACAAUAAUUCUAUUUAUAAAACUCAGACAGUAAUAUUUAGAAGGGCACUUUUUAGAAUUAUUUUUUUAUUGUUACUUUAUUAAAUUUUUCAGUAAUUUAUUGUGAAUUCAUGAUCUGUGACUUUUAUCUGGUGAAUUAUUUUGUGGAUGAGAACAGUUGAAUAAUAUACCAUUCAUCAAGAUAUUUUAAACAGUGAAAAAUUUGAGGAUUUCAGCCUUGAGAUCCAGCCUGAAAAAGUAGUUUUAUCUAUAGAUGGGUGGUAGGCUUGUAUAGAGCAGUUGUUGUUUUAAAUAUUUGACAAUCUGUGUUGAAUUAUUUUCCACCCCUGACAGACUCAGCAUUUCCAGUAUGUGUUAAAAUAACUUGGUUGAUGGAGUAUGGUUGAAUUGUGUCUGAAUCACUUCAGAUUUGUUAUGCUUUCUUCUAUUUUUGAUUUGUUUUAUAUUUUUGAUUGUUUUCUUAUUGUUCAUAUCAAGACAGGGUGAUAGCAUGUGUUUAUAAGGAAAACUUUCCAUUGAUUGAUAAACCAAUAACAAGGCAUUUCCACUAAAUAUGAAAUUUAUUAUUUGAAUCAGAAAGAAAUAGAAAAUACUGACCUACAUGUCUGGUUAUUGUUAGGCCCCUGGAUGAAAGUUCUUCUGAGAUUCAAUGAUAGUGCUUUCAGUAUUAUUGUUUGGUUUUUUUUGUACUUCUUGACAGUAAACAGUAAAAAAAAUUAUUAGCAUUAUUUUGUUCAGAAUUCAGAAAUCAUUUUUAUAUAUGUAUUACAAAAUUCUCAAUUAUUUAGCAAUUAUUCGGUUUCAAUAGGGAUUAUUUUCAACAUUGAUAAGAUACAUGUUGUUAGUAAUGACUCUGAAUAAACUAAAUUACAGUACAGCAAUCAUGAAUAAUUAAUUCCCUGGAACCAAAUUUUUAACUUUGUUAUGAUGUAGGGAUAUUAAGUGGUAUAUUACCCAGUACUUGUUAUUUAAACAGUUAGAAAGAAUACGAUGAGAUGCAAUAAAAGUGACUGAAUCAAAAGAAUUGUUUGAGAUUCAUU